GUGAUCAUGAGUUGAUUUUCAGAAAAUUCUGAUGACCUUGAAAAUGUUGCUAUGGUGUCUUAUGACAAUGACCCAUGACUGUGCCAAAAUUGAAAGAAAUUGACAAUACCAAUCUUGAUCCUUUACACAAAAAAGUUCAGAAAAGAGAAGAAAUAAAGAUAAAGAAGAAUUAUAAUAAAGAAAUGACAAAAUCAAGUGUAUGCUAUACCCAUGUAUGACAGUGACUUUGCAGUUUGUUAUAGCUGUUCAAAGCAUGAACCUUGAUCGAAGACCAUGUGUAGACAGUGGAAAUUGUCAGACCAUGGACUUUGAUCAGACCACGUAUUGCAGUACAUACAUAUAAAGUUGUAUAUGCCAAGUACAAGAAAUCCUUUUCCAGCUUGAUUUCAUGACGUACACCCAUUUCCUUUGGAGCAGAUAUUCUACAUUCGACAUUGCCAUGGGUCUCCAGACUCUCCUCAGCUACACCAUCGCCAGGAACAUCAUCCUGUUUCCACUGUUCAUUCUGAGCGUGUGCAAAGGAAUGGUAUUUUUCCUUGGUGCUCUUAUCUUCAAGGGACCAUCAUGGGUGUUCAAUAAAAAGCUAAUGGACGUCCGACCAGACUGCCUCAGUGAGCCAAGUCUUGGCACACAUAAAUUCAUUGAUAUUAAGGAUUUGAAACUACAUGUGGUAGAGUCAGGUGACCCUAAGAAUCCUCUGAUGUUAUUCCUCCAUGGCUUCCCUGAAUGUUGGUAUUCAUGGAGACAUCAGAUCAGAGCAUUUAACAAAGAUUAUCACUGUGUGGCAUUUGAUAUGAGAGGAGUUGGCGAGAGUGAUGCCCCUGCUGGAGUGUUGAACUACACACUGGAUAAACUUGUUGGUGAUGUACGUAACCUGAUCAAAGUCAUAGGUCAUAAAUCCUGUGUUCUAGUAGCCCAUGACUGGGGUGGUUUGAUAGCAUGGGAGUUUGCUGCUCGCUACCCAGACAUGGUAGACAAGUACAUUCCUAUGAACAUACCUCAUCCAGACAGGUUUGUGGAAUACGGCACCAGCUCUAUUGCUCAGAUGAACAUGUCAUGGUACGUGUUUUUUUUCCAACUGCCCUAUCUACCGGAGAUGAUGAUAUCGAUGGGGGACUAUGCUAUGAUGAAAAAAGCCUUUAAGAUAGGCCCGGGUACAGACGAAGAUGUUGACGCAUUCAAGUAUUCUCUCUCUAGACCAGGUCGGUCAACAACUUUCAUCAAUUACUAUCGGAAUCUCGUAGGGGAGUUGUUUAACAAGCCAUGUGGGAAAAUUGUGGUUCCAACCUGCUUGAUUUGGGGAACAGGAGAUACAGCUUUACACACCAAGCUUUCAUACGAGACAGAGAAGUUCUGUCCAAACCUUACAGUCAAGAGAAUAGAAGGGGGUCAGCAUUCUAUUCAGCAACACAAACCAGAUGUUGUUAAUGAUCUAAUGAAACAAUACUUGGAAUAAUUACACAUUCUAUUAAAUACUUUUUGAUUAUUUUUUUUUAAAUCAAACCUUUUUGUCAAACCUUUCAUUUUAGGCUUUCUAUCACUUUCUACCUAAAAUAUUUGUUAUUCAAAAUAGAUGUGUGUUUAUGGAGAUAAAAUAAUGUCAGUGCAGUUACAAAAAUUCUACAGUCUGGUGCUGAAUGAAAAAGCAACCAACAAUAUGAUGGAUAAACUGUACAAUAAUAAUAUUAUGUAUGAUCCAGUCUCAAUCCAGAUGUUGUAUUUAUAUCAAUGCUAGCAAGAGCUUGUAAAUUAUUUGAUUAUUUGAGGAGUAGAACUAUCUAUAGAAAGCAUGUAAAUGUACUGCUACAAAGAAUAAUUCAAUUAUAAAUUUAGCAUACACAUUGUAUGGAAAUUAUAUUGAUUUACAUAUGAACAUCAUUGAAAUUGGCAAUGUAAAAAGAAAAAUGAAGGAAAAAGUGUUUGUAAAAAUUGAUUCUGUUUCUUGUGAAGAUUUUUCUUCUUUCCUUGAAUGUAUAUUUUCAUGUGGAAGCAGUAUUUACAUGUUAUAAUAACCCUGAGUUAUAACAGUUUUCUCUUUAACUGAGCACAAAACUAGCCAGGCUCCAAAUCCAAUACCCCAAUAAAUUUAUGAACCUAUAUGAGGAAACCGUAUAGAUUUUGCAUUAACUAUAUAUAUAUACCUAAAACUUGGCCGGUGCAGGUCAAAAAAGUGGCUGGAAUGUCAAUUUUUACACGAGGUGAAAUUUUGUGACAGUUCAUUCUCUAAUUUGUUUUAUUUCAAAACCUAAUAAUUAAAAGUCUGUUUGCCUUCAAAAUAAAGAAUUUUCCUGUUUUUUUUUUUCUUCAAACCUGUAUGAAUCAUUGUAACUGGAAAUAAAAUUCUUCUGUGAAAUAAAAAUCCAUUUUCAAACAAA